CUUAUCAAUCCUUCAAGACCCUUCACCCGGCGAGACCUCUUCCUUCCUUGUUUAGUUUUUUCUACGAUCUUUCCUCUUUCAUUUUCCAGGAAAGUCACCUUCAAAGAAAAAUCUAAAUCUCCAAUAACUUACCCUUCCCCUUCCUCCAUAUCUGUCUUCAUCACUAAUAAAUUAACUUCAAUCAUAGAUCACCUUCCUCCUCCUCCUCCUCCUCUUCCUUCAAAAUAAAGGAGUGAAAAAGAGUUGUUGAACUUGAACCAGCAACCCACCUUUGACCAGCCCCACCUUCCUCAGCCAACCAGCCUGCCAUUUAUCCAUAGCUAUAAAAAUCUUCUGUGAAAUCCUUUCUUUUUACAAAAUUCUCUCUCAUCAUCUUGAUAUUAAGAUUCUCUCGGUAAAACAUGAAUAACCUCUUUUCCGGCUCCUUCUCUCGCUUCCACAGCGAAGAAGCCUCCCCGGAUCACCAUGUAAUUCAGAUGUCCGAAGCGCAGUCCACCGGCGGUGGGGUUAACCUUGACAAGUUCUUUGAAGAUGUAGAGUCGAUCAAAGAUGAGCUCAAGGAGUUGGAAAGACUUAAUGAGAAUAUGCGGUCUUCACAUGAGCAAAGUAAGACUCUGCACAACGCGAGGGCUGUCAAGGACAUGAGGUCCAAGAUGGAUGCUGAUGUUGCUCUGGCGUUGAAAAGGGCAAAGCUGAUCAAGGUCCGGUUAGAGGCCUUGGACCGCUCUAAUGCAGCGAACCGGAGUCUUCCUGGGUGUGGACCGGGGUCUUCUUCGGAUAGGACUAGGACUUCGGUGGUGAGUGGAUUGAGGAAGAAGUUGAAGGAUUUGAUGGAGAGUUUUAAUGGGUUGAGACAGAAGAUAUCCACGGAGUAUAGAGAGACUGUGGAGAGAAGGUAUUUUACUGUGACUGGUGAAAAUCCUGAUGAGAAGACUCUUGAUCUGUUGAUCUCUACAGGUGAGAGUGAGACAUUUCUCCAGAAAGCAAUUCAACAACAGGGGAGAGGCAGGAUUUUGGACACGAUAAAUGAAAUUCAGGAAAGGCAUGAUGCUGUGAAAGAUUUGGAAAACAAUCUAAAGGAGCUUCACCAAGUGUUUAUGGACAUGGCAGUAUUGGUUGAACAUCAAGGCGAACAAUUGGAUGACAUUGAGAGCCAUGUGCAAAGAGCUAAUUCUUAUGUGCGGGGCGGCACCCAGCAGCUGCAGACUGCCAGGAAACUACAGAGAAAUUCCAGGAAAUGGACUUGUUAUGCCAUUAUUAUAUUGCUGAUCAUCAUAUUGGUGGUGCUCCUCUCUGUGCGGCCGUGGGAGAACAAGAAGUGAUGCUGUCUAGGAUUGAUAUGUGUGACAUAUUUCAAGGCUACAUCUCUUGCUGCAAUCCUUUUUAUUUCCUUCAUUUUAGCUUUCCAUACGAUGAACAUUUUUUUCUUCUUUUUCCUGUUGCAUUGUUUAUUAUUUUCUGCUUUGGGGAGUUGAAUUUUGAUAUUCGGGGGUCAUAGUCUUGCAGAUGAUUAGAGCCAGUGAGGUGGGAAAUCAUAGGAAUUCAUGGGCAAUUUUAUGUUUGUGAGUGCAUCCAGGUGGGGAAUGCCAUGGAUUCCUUUACGGGCCUGCCCAGGAAUAUAUUGUAGACGCAAACCCCGUUCUGUAUUUAGGUUCUUUUCUGUAACUAAUAUUUGGGAUUUUAGUUGUACGAAUCUUCAAUUCUUCUUGGCAUGUUCUACGCGUUUUGUUGAUCA